AUGGCGGCUCUGUUCAGCAGCCUAUAUCGUGCAACGGCUCUAAGUUUCUUCGUGUAUAUAUUUCAUUAUACUAUCCUUGUGUUUAAUGGAGAUAAAAAAUUUACACUGGAUAACGUCAUAGCAUUACUGCGCUUUCUUACAUGUCUGACUAUGCUGCUGCAGAUUGUUUACUACGCGCUGGCAACUCCUUUGCAAUACUGUAAAGCUCUAAAAUGGCAUAGCGCUUUGUACUCUGUUACACUCACAGCCAAUUUAGUUGUAUGCGUUUUAUUCUGGAGUAUAUUCAUGAUAGACAAGGGUUUACUAGUGAAACCGUCAGAAAUGAAGAUGAAGACACUCCCGUCAUGGUAUAAUCAUUCAUGUCAUUCUGCGGGAAGCCUUGCUAUAAUUUUAGAUGCCUUACUAUGGAAACCGACAAGUGUUCCUGUACGAAGAGCAGUCUUAAUGGUCGUAGCAUACUUUGGUAGCUACUUGAUAUAUGUGGAAUUCCUAAUACGUAUGCAUAAUCUUUAUCCAUACCCUAUACUCGCAAACUUUUCCGAAGCUGGACGAUUUGGAUUUUAUGGAGCAGUAAUGAUUGGAAUAGCAUUAUGCUUUGGAGUCAGUCUGUUGGUGGUUCGUUUCAUGAAUAAAACUCAUAAAAAGGGGGCAGCUAAGUCGCAACCACGUGGAGAGAAGAAAGAAACGGUUUCUUUUCAUAGUAAACAGAGGAAACCUAAAAAGGCUGACUGA